CAACAGCCCCCCACGGCUCCAUAAACUCCAAUUCUUACACAAUGGCCUCAACAGUGCUUUCCUACCUCCCUCCUGCCGAAGGCCUCCUGCCAAAAUGGCUACUUAUGAUCUCACUCCUGAGUGUGGGCAACUCGGUCCAGGCCUACACAACCCUCCACUUCACAUCGCGUGUGUACAACCCUUCGGCCAUCGAUCCCCCGCCACAAACACCCAAACACGUCACAGGCCUGUCGUCGCGGACGUUUGGGACGUGGACGUUUUUGACUUCCUUGGUGCGGUUGUAUGCUGCGUAUAAUAUCACGAAUGGCGCGUUCUACCAAUUGGCCAUGUGGACUUUUGUGGUUGCUUGGGGGCACUUCCUGAGCGAGUGGCUUGUGUUCAAGACGACGAAGUGGGGAAUGCCAUUGGCUGGCCCGAUCAUUGUUUCCAACGCGUCACUCCUAUGGAUGUUAAUGCAGUGGGGAUACUACGUGAAGGUAUAGGGAUGAGUCCAUGGAAAGAUGGGUGCAUGGUGUGCGGACUGGUUCAAAGGGCAUGCUUCGCGCGAACAUGCAAUAGUCGUAAUUGUAAUAGCCGUAACAAUCUUAAUAUGUAAUUGGACUUGACUAGAGGUU